AUGGGGGAUAGGAAUAUAUUUUAUCGCAUAUGCUGUUCAUGCUGCGGAGGAGAUGAACCAGAAGAAAAGACUCCAAUCAUCAGUGGCGACACAUUGCUCUACUUUGCCCAGGAGGCUCAGCGCAGGAGAUCAGAACAAGCAAACUUGUGGAGUGAACCCCAUGAUACGUCCCACAUGGAGAGAGAUGAUGACCGGGAACUUUAUAACUUGCUGCAGAAAAGAGCCAAGACACGGAGGGGCUCUCAGGGUUACCGCCGCCUCAGUUUUGACAUUCACGCAGUCCGCCAGGAACGCAGAGAUGUUCUGGGGAAAUGGAAAAUGCUUUUAGAAAACCUGGGUUUUCAUGCAGAGUCUGACAUGCUUUUGAAUGUGACAUCUGCAACCUUAUACAGCAGCAUGCGAAACGCGCCUCAGGCGAAAAAACUGCUGGACGACUUGGCUCAACAAACCUCAAUAUUUGAAAACAAAAUUCCAGCGGAAAGGUACAUCUUUGUUCUGGACAGACUGAUCACACUGGAUGCUGCAGAAGACUUUCUGGCAAAGGCCAAAACUUAUUAUCCUCGAGAUCAGAGCCCUGAGCUGGAGACUGAGGGGGAGGAUUCAGCUGCUGUUCUCAUUAAAAAAUCAAAUGAAAUCAACUUGGUAACCGAUGAGGAACUGGAAGAAAUCGAUGAAGAUGCUCUACUCUCAAGAUCAUUGGAAUUGUGAUCAUAAGUGCACCUCAGAAUUUCUGAUUCAUGUUUUCCAAAGAUUGCAGCAAUAAUUCUUCA